AUAGACAAUAAACAAUGUAGAUGGCAGGUCUAGUAAACUGUCUGACUUGGAAUGACUCAAGGGGUGUCCUAGUGACCUGCUUCCCAUCUGUAAAUGGUAUUUGGUGGCAAUCAGUUGUAUUGAUGUGUUUUCUACUGGGAUAUAGUUGGAAGUAUUAAUUAGUGGUGUAAUAAUGAGCUAGUAUCACACUAUGGACUAUAAAUAAUACCACUGUCAUUUUACCAAUGUCUGACUUAGUGGGUUGUAGAUUAAGUUCACCAAUAUACUGGAAUGCCUGCUCUGGAAGACAAAACUUAGUUUUUUUAAAAUCAAAUUAAGAAUGGUAAUAUUUAGUCAAAAAUAGCUUCUUUUUUUUUAUAAUAAUUCACCAACAUAAAAGACUUCUAAAGUCACCCAGGCCACUUCAUCUCAAUGGAUUUAGUAAUUAUCAUUAAUAAUCCUAAUUUUGUUUAAAAAAAUUACGGUGAUCUGUUUCUAACUAGACAGGGUCACUAUAGCAUUAGUAAUACAGGUUUGUGUUCCUAAUGAUAUAGUGUUCCUUUGACUAUACUCACAACUUGGUUAUUUUAGCCUUAGAGACAAGCCUACACUGUUCUGGACCCACACAAUGAAUAAAACAUUGAAAAUAAUCAUUAACCUCUAAAAUUAUAUUAAAUAUUUAGCAAAUUACGGCACAGUGCAGGCACAAAUUGCAAAUGAGGAGGAAAAUAGAAAUAUUGAGGGUUAUGUUUAAUAAGUGUUGUUUGCAUUUUCAUGUGCACUGGUUUGUAGUUUAAAUAAUAUUUUUAUAGGUUGACCAAAAAAAGAAUUAUUACAAAAGAUGCUUACCUGUCACAUAAAACUUUCCAUUGUGACAAAAAAGGCACAAUUUUGUUAAUUUUCUAUUAAAGGGACGCUCCAGGCACCCAGACCACGUCUUCCACCCCCCCCUCCCCGGCCACGCAUGCUCAAUAGGUCUCACCUGCCGGCUGAUGAGGGACAUCGGCGCUGGAUACAGUUAAGUCAGUGUAGGGGUUUUAACCACUUCAGCAACUUGGGGUGGGAGGGAGAGGGGACCUGCAGUGCCAGGAAAACAGUUUGUUUUCCUGGCACUGGGGAGUCCCUUUAAGCAGCAAGUUUGUGAAUCAAGAAACGAAAAAGUGACAUAAAACUUUUGGAAAACACGUAGCAGGGAAUAUUUUAGCACCAAUAUGGGAAGCUAUAGGCACAAAUACACAAGUCCCUUUGUUUUAUUUUUCUUCUGCAGCUGCAGCUCUGCGUCUUGCCGCGCAUGCAUGAUAACCUCUCCAUGCUUUCCUAUGGGAAAACAUUGGAUUGCUGGGAUCAUCAAUUCUGAUAAUCUCAGCCAAGGUGGCAGAUCAGAGACGUUGCAAGAGCCGGCGGACCCACAUGGUGUAGGAAUAAAGGUAUGUUUUCUACAAAUUUAAGGCCACCUAAAUAGUGUUUGUAUUUCAGACCCUAUAGUGUUCUUUUAAGAUAAAGGCUUUUUUUUCAAGUUUAGGCUUUGAGAGCUUAAAUGUGGGACCAAGGAAUGGGUUUGUUUAGACUUUGGGAAAAAGGGUGUUUAGGGCAUAUGGAGUCUGUAGGGUUAUUUGCAAAGUACUCAUCCUCCUAUGUUUUUUGUAGUCUAGUGACACUCCUUUUUUUUAAUCGCAUAACUGCAUUAAUUCUUGUACAAUAUGCAUCACUAAGUGCUUCCCCUGCUCCUCCUGCAAGGCAUUUCCUUUAAAGGCAGAUGUGGAGUGAUCCCUUCAACUUCCUGUCCAGCCUCACACACGUCACUCAUAUAUCGGUUCAUGCAGCUCUGCUAUCAUUCUUAAUUAGACUGUCUGGAUUAAAGAGGACACUGGCCAAAGCUCCAUAUACUUAUCUCUCCCAAUCAGCCCACUUGACCUCAAAAAAGCCAUAUUAUAAAUGCUGAAAACAAGCAACCCCAUAGGACAGGCUCCCGUACGUCAGUGCCUUUUCUACCUAAUGGGAAAGGGGGUGUAAGUUGCUUGUGCAUUCUUUACCCUGAAGUGCAUAACUGCAUUUUUCUAUAUUAAAUUGUAUCUUCUAUUUGCGUGCCCAGUCCCCCAUUCUAUCGGAAUCCCUCUUCAGGAAAGUAAUAUCUUGCUCACAGUGUAUUACUUUGCUUAGUUUUGUAUCAUCUGCAAACACUGAAACAUGACUUUCAAUGCUUAUUUCAAGAUUAUUUAUAAAUAACAGAACCCAGAGGGAUACCACUUACCACUUUUGUCCAGCUUGAAAAUUUACCAUUAAUGACAACUCUCUGUACUCUAUUUUUAAGUAAAUGUUCUACCCAAGAACAUUAAUUUUCAUCGAGACCAACUUCUUUGAGUUUGCACACUAACCUAUUGUGUGGAACCGUGUCAAACGCCUUAGCAAAAUUCAAGUAGAUCACAUCCACUGCAACACCCUGUUCUAUACAUGACCUAUGUUUCAAAAAAACAUGCUGAUUAUUUUCUGAUAAUAAUGUUCUUCUCAAUGAAUUCCUGAAUACUAUCCCUUAUUAACAUUUCAAAUACUUUCCCAGCCACAAAAGUUAAGCUUACCGGUCUAUAAUUGUCAGGCAAGGAUUUUAAACCCUUUUUGGAUGUAGGAACCACAUCUGUGACCUUCCAAUUCUCAGGUACCUUUCCUGAAGGAAAAGAAUCUUGAAAGAUUAAAAACAGAGGCUCACUUAUUUCCACACUUAGCUUCUUAAGUACUUUUGGGUGAAUACCAUCAGGCCCCUGGAGCUUUGUUUAUAUUAACUUUCUUUAGUUGCUACAGCACUUUGUUUUGUCAUCCAAUCACAAAUUUUCUACAAGUUUUUGCAGCAAACAUUUGCAUAUCUUUAGCCAUCCUUAUUAUAUACUGAGGAUCAAUGGUUAUUUAACAUUUCUGCCUUUACCUCAUCUGUAUUAACACCCCCAUCUCAGUUUUCAAUGUACCUACACUUUCAUUUUUUGUAUAAAUUUUGGUUGGUUUAGCAAAUCUAUUUUUGCAUGGUUUAUUAGCUUACUUAUGUCUUUUAUAGAGACCAAUUUAUAGUAGUUAUGCUGUGUCUCCCCCAACUCCUUGGGUGCUACAGAAAAAACAUGGGGCAAAGCUCUAGUUCUCAAUCUAGGGGUUAAAAACCACUGGUUUAAGGUAUUCUAUGAUCCGUAUUCGCUAUCAACAAAGUGCAACAAAUAAUAGUUUUGGUAGUUUCAUUCAUAAUGUGCAGUUACAACUUCUCCUUUUUUAUUUAAUAGCUCAUGGUUAGAAAAUUGCUUUAUAAGAACUAAUGGAACCGAUAGUAUUCACCCCCCGUUUGUACCAGCAGAGAUACAACUUUGUGGUGUCCUAUGUGGAUCAAUACAAACCUAAAAAGGUCAGUGUCUGUCUCUUUACUUCUGUUAGAAUUAUAAUAAUUAUGUUUUAGUAUCUCACUGUGACGGAAUGCCUGGCACCCCGACUGGGUACCCACGUCAAUCGCUGCUUCCUAGUAAUCCUUUAGUACCAUAAGCACCGCACUUGACACCAUAACCACUGUAAACCCCACAAACCGGCGCAGCUUGGUUGGGGUCUCGCUGUCCUCCACCCACCCUGGGCCGAAGACCAGGAUCUAGCUUCCAGUGGGUAGACCUCUCUUAGUCCAUAGAGCAAAGCAGGCUGCUCUUACAAGAGCAAUCUUUGUAAUCCAAGGGAGUAUAGUGAUUAUAGCAAUCCCCAGAGUGAAUAUAGCUCUCCAAUUCCACAAACAUGAGCCUAGACUUCAUGGAGGAUAAAACGAAUCUGUUUAAUGGCAGCCAGAACUGGCCUUAUAUGCAGGUCCCCAUGCAAGGGGCACUCCCCCGGGACCUGAGAGUAGACUACAGUAAAAACAUACACAAUUGCAUUGGCUCUCAGGUCCAGGACCCUCCAAUACAAAGUAGGUCAAUCCCUCUCCUGUGCCUGGGAGAUAAUUGAGUCAGCACUGUAUUAAACUCUGUUAUCUCCAGGCACAGAAAACAUGCAUUUUUACAAAACCCCCAAAACAAAAAUACCUUUAAACAGUAAUUUCCUGGAAGUCAUAAUUUGAUCGACCUCACGCAUGGUCCCAUGCCCAAAACUGUUCCAGAGAAUCAGGUCUUGUGGUCGGUCUAGUUCGGUAGUUUAAAAACUGAACAAACUACCGAACAUAUUCAAGAGUCUUACCCUGGAGCUUGUUCCCCUUGUUCGUGGGAACGUUUCCAUCGAACAUGGUCUUCCUAAGUGUUAUAAAACUGAACACAGGCGAUCAUGGAAGUCCAGCUGUGUUUGGGAGUUUGUGUCCGAAAAUAGUUACAUGAACUGGACGACCAAACAACGCUGCCUGUGUUCAUGCGAAUAAGAUGGCCACCACCUCGUUGUCGUCCAUAGGAAAUGCGGCGACUCAGACGAACACUGCGGCGGAAAUUGCUAGAAAGUAGCAAUUAGGCUUAACAAGCUCCAGGGUGGUCUCCGGUUUGUGCGGUUGUUCGGUUCCCGAACCAUAUAGUCCAGAUACACGGAGACUUUUCGGUGUAUAUUACAGUGCCCAUAGUCUGUGGGCAGGAGUUCAUGGCAAACUCACUCUGGCCUGCUUGUGAAAAGCAAGGCUGGAACUGGGGGACAGGUGGCUCAUCUUAAGGGGCUUGGAGGACCUUCCUGUAUAGUGUGUUAAAUUGGAGGGAGGGGGGGGGGCAUUGUAUUAAUUUGAGGAAGGGGGCAGUGUAUUAGAUUGGGUGGAGGGACAGUGUAUUAGAGUGGAGGGGGUUUAUUGGAUUUGGGGUCACGGUAGUAGAAUAGGGGGUGGGGGAGUGUAUUAGAUUGCGUCUGCAUGGAGGCGCUGAAUGCUCCCCAUGGAGAUGCUGAUUGGCUGCGCAGCUUUUUGCUACACAUGCGCAAUAGCCUCCCAAUGCUUUCCUAUUGGAAAGCAUUUUUUUGGCUGAGCUGAUCAAGUUUGAAGAACACACUCAUAGCACUUCAAAAUCAACAGGAUAGCAUCAUUUGUUUUUUACAGCUGUGCAGCAGCAUACAUUCACCAUUUCAGUCCCAUUACCAUAAUAUGUCAAGGUAGUUGGACUGAAACAUUGGUUAUAUGCAAAUACCUAUCUCCUUAAAAUGAAUUUGCUCUUUUGUUUACUUUGAAGCUCUACGAGCUUGAGAACAUCCAGUGUCAGUUAGGCAUCUUUCUUUUUAGACUGUACUUUCUGAAAGAAACCUAAGUUUCUUUGAAAACUGAAAUGUUUGGUUUUUUGCUGCCCACAUAAACUUAAACCUUGUUUAUUUAGCCCGUGUUAGCCUUUGAGUUUGACAUGCUUGUUGUACAGGGUCAUAGAACACCCUGCAUAUUUAGUGUGUGCAGGGUUAAAUCCCUGCUCAAUCGAUGGAAUCUAGGGAUUCCCUCUGUCUGCUGGGGCCCCAGACUUUUAGAUGAACUGGGAGCCAGUGCUUCAAACAGUUCUUUAAUUUGACAUUUAAAUGCCCUAGUGAUUUCAGUGUGAGCAGGUUUAAAUCCCUGAUCACACCCCUAACCCCACAUAUCAAUGAAUAAUCGCCUCUCCUUAAAGUGCAUAAGCCAGUUUUAGUGGCCCCACACUUUUUGAUGCACUGUUUGCAGUGUUGGAAGCAGCACUUUAAAUAGGCAUUUAAAUGUCUAUGUGAAUAAUGCAACGUGAGCAGGGUUAAAUCCACCACUAACCUUGGCGGGAGGGGGACCCUGAGGGUGGGGGCACUCUCAGGGCACUAUAGUGCCAGGAAAACGAGUAUGUUUUCCUGGCACUAUAGUGGUCCUUUAAUGUAAGCAUUGGGUAUAGUUGGGUUAGCGUUAACUAUCAAAAAUUAAUUUAGGUCCUAAACAAAUUAGCUAUUUAAUAAUCCGGACUGAUAUAUUAAUCUAUUUUGAGUUCUUUUUAAUUAGUUGCACUGGAUGUGUAAAAAUUAUUAUAAGCCAAAGUGUGAAUUGUUUUCUCUAAAUUCUUUCCUAUUUGUAACAUUUAUUUCACAAGUACUGUUGUGUUAGGUAUACAUAUAGAAUGUUAAAUGAAAGCCUUUUCUGUCCUUUAAAAAUUGGUAUAUAAUGUGUAUCGGGUACUUGAAGAAAAAAAAACCUUAAAUUACGGUGGAACAAAGCUUCUGCUCAAAUUCAAGGUUUUGUUUUGGUUCAGAAUGUUGACUAUUGCCUCCGUCCGUGACUUAGAAAUAUAUAGAAUGUGUCGGCAGAUAAGAACCAUUUGCCCGAGGGGGUGUGGUCCAACCGUCGACCGAGCUGGACGCGUGUGUGUGAAGCUCUGCUCGGCACAUACCGCUAACAGCACACAAAAGCAAUUGGUACUGGCCCACUGUCCACAUGGAUAAGCGCACCCCACGUAAACACCCUAAAAAAGCGUCCGAAACGGGCGUGAAAGUGACUGACCUGUUUGCGGCCUCCCGCGUGGCUCAGGCUGGCAACCAAAAUGGCGGGCGAUACCCACCGAGCACCACUGCCUCAGAUAAUGAAGAGGACGCUGGACCCUCCUCACUGCAGCCUGACACAGCCCAAAUCCUCAUGAAGCUGUCAGAAGUGCGCUCCUACCUGGCAAGGGAGAUCACCUGCUCCACGAGCGAAGUCAAAGCAGAAAUACAUGCUCUGGGAGCACAAACGACCAUCCUGGAGCAGAAAUUGGAAGAGACAAGCCCACGAUCUGGUGACCGAUAGUCUCAUCACUCACAGUCCGGCUCCAAACCGCUGAAUCCACCAUAGAAGACCUAGCUAACAGGUCUUGGCGCAAUAAUAUACGCCUGAGAGGCUUGCCGGAUAGAGAUGGAGAGGUACCAAUGACAGACAUUAGACUCCCCAUCCUGAGACCCUUAUGCCCUGACAUACCGGGAGAACUGUGGCAUGUUGACAGAGCUCAUAGAGCCCUGAGAGCUUGGAGAGCCGACGACUCACAACCCAGGGAUGUCAUCAUCCGCUUCCAUUUCUUCCAAACCAAGGAAGCCCUGAUGGCUAAAAGCAGAGAUGGCCCGAUCCACUAUAAAGGCGCGGAACUGACGCUGCUCCAAGACCUCUGACCAAUCACCCUCCAGAGGCGCAGAGAAUGGAGACCAAUCACUGACUUACUGAGAUAGAAGAACAUCAAGUACGCUCGGGGCCAUCCAUUCGCCUUCAAAGAUGGCCGCCCUCACACAUUGCAUCUCACCGGUGAUCCGGGAGUCUUCCUACGCAGCCUGGGGAUCCAGACUCUGGUCCAGAUCCUGGCACCAGCGGACAUAUCUGAACUACCCACUCCAGAGAGGGGCACACCGUGUGCAGGUAACGACCACCGAACCGCCUUCACUGGGGACACUAGACACUCGGCGCCCGGCUGGGGGACUGCUGGUGGCAAGGCCCAGGCAGCUGAGCAAUGUCCUUACACUUAAUAUCCCUUAAUGCAAAGGGGCUGAAUGCCCCCAAAAAACGGAGGCUCAUGUUCCGCGAGCUUAAACGUUUGAACGCGGAUGUUGCAUUCUUACAAGGGACACACUUGCCCCAUGGCUCCCAUGUGGCCCUGAGAGAUGACAUCUAUUGCUCUGUUUUCGAGGCACUAGCGUUCCGAAAGCACAACGGGUAGCCAUAGCAAUACACAAUAGAUGCCCACUUCAAGUCACACAGGCUGUCUCAGACCCGGAGGGGAGGUUCCUCAUACUCUUAUAUUCACACACACUGCACCUUGUUAACAUAUAUGCACAUAAUGAUCCAACACCAGCUUUCUGGGACGACUAUUUGCCUCGUUUCCACUGAGCGUAACGGUUCGGUAUGGUACGCUAUUUUGAGUGUUUCCAUUAUGAAAGGGGCCCAUACAACCGAACCGCACCGUUCAUGGUCCCCCUUCAGAUAUAGGGCCAUAGGAAAUGGUACGUUACGGUUAGGGCGGCGCUACUAGCGUCACACUAUACAAUCCAUUGAUUGGCGGACAUGAAAACGUCAAUGCUCACGACAAAUAACACUCUAGGCAUUUUUUCUAAACCCCACAUGGCCCCUCGUGGUCCGACUUGCAGUGGAAAAGCUCACCCGAAUAGGCUGGACCCUUCUAACCCUUCCAAAUUGUACCGACCCGAACCGUUAUGCUCAGUGGAAACGAGGCAUUAAUGACCCAACUUGCAGACCUUCCCCACGGGUUCGUAGUCGUUGGAGGGGAUUUCAAUGCAGCCCCAUGCCCGGCGAUAGAUAGGAGCUCUAGAGACGGGACAGCUGGGUUCUCAGGGACGAGGGACACAUGACAGACUACUCCACGGCUUCAUACAACAAACGGGACUCAUUGACAUUUGGAGAGCACAUCACCCAUGCACAAGGGACUACACAUUCCACUCUGCUCCCCACAACACAUACUCGCCUAUGUAUAUGUUCCUAGUUAAUGGGGCAAUGGUGCCCAGAGCGACCCACUCACACAUCGGCACUAUAUCGUGGAAAAACCACGCAGACAUAGCGCUAACACUGACCAACCUCUGUGCGGCUACCCCGUGGAGCUGGAGGCUUAACACAGCACUCCUAAGGGACCCGGCAGUGGUUGAUACAAUAAAGGAGGAGCUGAAAGCUUACUUCGCCCUGAACACCACAGAUAACAUCCCCCCCAGCUACCAUUUGGGCAGCACAUAAGGCCGUAAUUAGAGGGACCCUAGUGAAACAAGCCACCCUUAAAAAGAAACCGUAAUAACGGACCAACUUGCCACCCUACGCAGAGUAGAACAACAACACAAACAAAACCCUACCCCAGCCAAACUGCAAGAACCGCGAGCAAGGUGCUUAGAGGUCAAAGAAACACUCUUAGAUGACACAGCUAGGUCACUAAACUGGACGAGAAGGACCUACUAUGACAGGGCAAACAAAAUGGACUCCCUGCUAGCCAGAACGCUAAGACCCAAACAGAAACAUGCGCACAUAACUAAAAUCAAAGACAGGCUAGGGAACCUACAGACCACCAACUGACGUAGCUCAGGUUUUCACCGACUAUUUUCAGGCCCUAUACAAUCACUCCCCUACUCAGCGGGGCCAGGAACUAGAGGAGGAGGACAACGUCAGCACAUACCUACAACAACAAGACUUACCAAAACUGACAGGAGAGACCAUCCAAGUCUUAGGAGGCCAAAUCACGGUAGAUGAAAUAGAUGCCCAAUCUCAUCGCUAAAGGAUAACAAAGCCCCGGGACCGGACAGCUUUGACGGGCCUACUUUACAACGUUUAGGGAGGAACUGGUCCCUCACCUGACGACAUGGUUCAACGACCUCAUGGACGGUUGCAGCACGGACCGAGACAUGUACCUAGCGAACAUAGUCCUAAUCCCGAAACCGGGCAAAGACAACACUAGCCCUGAGAAUUAUAAACCCAUAUCCAUGAUCAACCACGACGGUAAGUUAUUAGCAAACGUAUUAGCGAUGAGACUGAACUCGUUAUUAUAACGGCUGGUCCACGCGGACCAAGUAGGCUUUGUUCACGAUAGACAACUAUUCGAGAACACACAACGCAAUAUUGACAUUAUCUGGAGGCAGACGAAGACAGGGUAGCCGUCUCUGAUACGCUUACUAGAUGCCAAAAAAGCAUUUGACAGGGUCCUGCCUAUCUGGGCUUCCCAGCCCCAUACAUUACAGCAAUCACCGCAAUGUACACUGAUGCAAAGGCUCAGAUUCGGUUCACCGGGGCCCCGAACAGACCCUUCGGUCUCGGGAAUGAGACUACACAGGGCUGCCCGCUCUUGUUUGUUCUCAAACCGCUUUUACAUAAAAUCAGGAACCAUCCUAAUAUUCACAGGGUGACCAUUGGGGGGGUUAAGGGGGAACAAUUCAAAGUGGCAGGUUACGCAGAUGACAUACUCCUCACACUGACUCACCCAGAGGACUCAAUGCAGAUCCUCGUACAGGUGCUAGAAGUAUAUGGCGGCUUAUCGGGCUAUAAAGUUAACCUGGGAAAGUCCAGUGCCCUACCUCUCAACAUGACAGACAUAGACGCCACCUUUAUCACCACAACGCACCGUAUGCAACUAAACCACACUGCCAUUAAAUAUUUAGGAGUCAGAUUAACGGCCUUCCCUGACCAAUUAUACGUGCAGAACUAUAUACCGCUUUUUAAAUAUCUGAUUGGCGACCUGAUUAAGUAGGUUAAUAAACCUAUAUCGUGGAUCAGCCGAGUCCACACAAUUAAAAUGAACAUCCUCCCCAGAAUCCUAUUCAUGUUCCUGGCCCUGCCUAUCCCUAUCACCUAAACUGAUCUGGCACUGCUCCAACAGACGACAGCGAACUUUAUAUGGAAUAACAGACGACACAGAGUAUCUCGAAACGUUUUGUAUCGCUCAAAGUGCUCGGGGGGUCUGGGAAUGCCCAAUCUUUUUUAUUACUACUUAGUAAUAAGCAACCAGCUGUUGCACUCCCAAUAGGAGGAGAUGGGUAGAUCUAGAGUCUCUCAUGACAGGCACAGAUCUCCCCCAAUUCUACUUCUGGCUACUCAAGAAACACAGGGUGUUUCUCAGAUCGGACUGCCCGUCCAUACUCAACUCCGUCCAGGUCUGGGACAAAUACGCAGUGAAAUAUGGCCUAGUGAGGCUCCCUUCCCCAAUGACACCUCUGUUUAGGAACAGAGCAUUCCCCCUGGGGAUGAAACCCCGAGACUUUAAAAUCUUGGAAUAUGCUGGACUCCAAAGGCUAUGCCAUAUGACUAACGGAGACCGCAUACUCACUUUUGACGAAUUAAAAGAGAGGGUGACUCUUACACCUGGAGACUUCUUAAGGUACCUGCAACUUAAAGAUUUCAUCGGCCAACCCAACAUAAAAGAACUAGCUAGCAAAAAUGUUACUUCACUAGAAAGCAUGUGCCUGAAGGAAUCAAUACACAGGGGCAUGAUCUCAUCCAUCAACACCCACAUAGCCUCUAAUACAACAGAAUGGGGCAGCCUCACAUAUAUUGAUCAAAAGGAAUCAGACUUGGGAGAACAACUAGAGGGGGUUGAGUGGCAGGAAAUCUGGGAAGCCAAUAACUCGGUCUCAGUUUUUACAACGGUCCAAGAGCAGGCUUAUAAAACUAUGUAAACAACACCGGUACUGCUCUACCGCAUGCAGCAGACCCCCAACGACCUCUGUUGGAGGAACUGUGGGGGGAAUGCCCAGUAGUAAAACCUUUCUGGCAAGAGGUAGGAAAACUCCUGGCACAGAUCUUUCAGCGUAGGGUGGAGAUCGAUCCCUGGGUCUUUCUGCUCUCUAGAACACGGGACGACUGGGUGAGAUCAGACCAAAAACUCCUCCAUAAAUUAACCCUAGCGGUGUGUAGAGCCCUGGCACAAACCUAGCUUCAAGUGAACACCCCACCUCUCUCCGUAGUAAUACAUAAAAGGAAAGACACCUGUCUCAUGGACAGACUGACUGCAAUUACCUGGGGAUCCCUGCAGAAACACAAAAAGAUGUGGGAACCAUGGCUAAACGCUGAUAUGGGUGGUUGAACAGGGUGUCGGGGAGGGCGUCAAGGAUCUUGAGCCCGCCACGUAGGGACCCCCUCGGUGCUCCUGGCUCACCGCUGGCUGGGCCUCUUUGCUGCUUCUCCCUGCCUGGGUCUGCAAUGCUUUCCUAUGGACGUCCAGCGUCUUCUCACUGUGAUUUUCACAGUGAGAAUCGCGGAAGUGCCUCUAGUGGCUGUCAGUGAGACAGCCACUAGAGGCUGGAUUAACCCUCAGUGAAACAUAGCAGUUUCUCUGAAACUAUGUUUUCAGCUGCAGGGUUAAAACUAGGGGGACCUGGCUAUAGUGGUCCUUUAAGUUGUUGUUUCACCAGUAGUCUCAAGAAAAUAUAAAUAAUUUGAACAAAUAUAUGCCAUUGCUGCAUCAUGUGAUGUGAUGAAAAAUUGAUGUAUCUAUUAUUUAACCCCUUAAGGACCGAGGACGGUUCAGGACCGUCAUCGGCAUUUUUGCCUUGCCGACCGAUGACGGUCCUGAACCGUCCAAACGGUCUGGGGGUACUUACCUGAUCGCCGUCGUUCCCCCGGCGGCGAUCAGUGUUCCUCCAGUUGUGGGGAGACUGCCUGCAGCCCAGACAGUCUCCCCACGGCAGAUUAGGACCCCUGUGGCCAUGUGAUCGCUUAACACAGCGAUCACAUGGUCACAAUAGGUGUCCAUAGUGCUGCCUGCAGGGGGACUGCCUGUGCUGACAGGCAGUCUCCCUGCAACUGUAAAAUCAGAAAAAAAUUAAAGUUAAUGGUAAUAAAAAAAAUAAUAAUAAUUAUAUAUGUAUAAAUAUGAUAUAUAGACAUAUAUUAUAUCUAUAUAAUAUAUGUCUAUAUAUCAUAUAUAUAUAAUGUCAUACUAAGUGUAUUUUUAUAUUAAUAUGUACUUAUAUUAAUAUAAAAAUACACUUAUAAUUAAAUUACACACGUAUAUAUAUAAUAUAUAUACUAACUAUAUAUAUUGUAUAUAUAUAUUAUUAUAAAAUAUAAAUAAUAAGUAAUUUAAAUUAAAUAAAAAAAAUUUAAAAUAAUAAUAAAAAAUUUUUAAAAAAAUUAUAUAGCUAUAUGAAAUUUUAUUCUAACUGUAUUUUAAAAUUAAUAUAUAUAUAUUUAUAUCAAAAUACACUUAGAAUGAAUUUGUAUAUAUAUCUAUGUAUAUAAAAAUAAAUAAAAAUAAUAAGAAAUAUACAUACGUCCAUAUACAAAAUUACAUAAAUAAUUAUAUAAAUAUACACGUAGACUUCAAAUAUAUAAAUAUGCAUAUAUAUUUAAAUUCUACGUGCGUAUUUAUGUAAUAUUUUUACAUAAUUCAGUAAUUUUAUUGAUUGCAAUUUGAGGGACCUGCCUGCCAACCCAGGCCGAAAUUCCAGAGAAUUUAAUUUGCUAGCACUGUAUUUUACCCUGUAACGUUCUACGACACCCUAAACCUGUACAUGGGGGGUACUGUUUUACUCGGGAGACUUCGCUGAACACAAAUAUUAGUGAUUCACAACAGUAAAACAUAUCACAGCGAUGAUAUUGUCAGUGAAAGUUACUUUUUUUGCAUUUUUCACACACAAGCAGCACUUUUACUGAUGAUAUAAUUGUUGUGAUACGUUUUCCAGUUUUUAAACACUAAUAUUUGUGUUCAGCGAUGUCUCCCGAGUAAAACAGUACCCCCCAUGUACAGGUUUUAUAGCAUUUUUGAAAGUUACAAGGUCAAAUAUAUGGGUCAAAUAUUUUUACAUUGAAAAUAGCCAGGUUGGUUACGUUGCCUUUGAGAGCGUAUGGUAGCCCAGGAAUGAGAAUUACCCCCAUGAUGGCAUACCAUUUGCAAAAGAAGACAACCCAAGGUAUUGCAAAUGGGGUAUGUCCAGUCUUUUUCAGUAACCACUUGGUCACAAACACUGGCCAAAAUUAGCGUUCAAUUUAGUUUUUUUACUUUUUUCACACACAAACAAAUGUGAAUGCUUACUUUGGCCGGUGUUUUCGACUAAGUGGCUACUAAAAAAGACUGGACAUACCCCAUAUUGAAUACCCUGGGUUGUCUACUUUAAAAAAUAUGUACAUGUGGGGUGUUAUUCAGAGAUUUAUGACAGAUAAUAGUGUUACAAUGUCACUAUUGAUACAUUUUAAAAAUGUAUGUUUUGAAACCGCAAUAUCCUACUUGUACCUAUAGCCUAUAACUUGGAAAAGAAAGCAAAAAAGCACGUAAACACUGGGUAUUUUUAAACUCAGGACAAAAUUUUGAAUCUAUUUAGCAGUUUUUUUCAUUCGCUUUUGUAGAUGAGUAAAAGAUUUUUCAAGUAAAAGUCAAAAAAACAUGUAUUUUUUUCAAUUUUUCAUCAGAUUUUUGUAUUUUUUUUAAAUUAAAAUACAUGAGAUUAUAUAAAUAAUGGUAUGUAAAGAAAGCCCAUUUUGUCCUGAAAAAAACAAUAUAUAAUUUGUAUGGGAACAGUAAAUGAGAAAGCGGAAAAUUACAGCCAAACACAAACACCACAAAAGUGUAAAAAUAUUCCUGGUCGCAAAUGUACAACAUCGCAAAAACAGUCCAGUCCUUAAGGGGUUAAAUUUGUACCAUAAUCAUUUCUCGUCCCAUAAAAGCCGGAUAAAUUGUUUUAUAUGUUGUUUUUAUAGUAAAAGGAAAGCAAACAAUCCUGUUAGUCUUCUGAGCCUCUCUUUUUGUGCAAUAACACUGGCACGCAUGCGAAACAGCAAGUUGUGUCUAAUGAGAAGCACAUGGAAAACGGUGCCGAUCACUUGAUCGAGACUGUUAAAUUAAAUUUUUUUCCACUUUAUUACUUAGGAACUAGUUACUUUAAAGAGUAACACUGUUUUUGUUAGCAGGUAUUCCAUAUUAACCCACAGGGAUGUGGAAUUCAUAUUGCCCGCGACAUGAAGUUCUUGGCAGGAAGAUUUUUCAUUCUUUUAGUCCUGCUGCGGGCAAGUAGCAGGGCUGUCUUGAGGGAAUUGGUGCUGGCAUGGAGUGUAUCUGCGGCAGGAGGAGAACCAGACCCUCUGUCGCUCACUUCGGCGGCUCACAGGGAGGAGUAAGGAGCGGCAGCAACCAGCCUCUCCUCACAAUGCUCAAGAUUCAUGACCACCAGUAUUCAACAUGACGUAAUAUCCUGACGGCUGACACGCUUUUAAUGAGCAGAGACAGCAUGAGACAGGCUGCACAUCCACUGAACAUCAGUUGGUGGUAAUCUGUGCUGUAUGUAGAAUGUGUACUCACAUUACUAUUCAUACUUGAAACGGUAUCAUUUCAUUUUGCUUUUGCUACUUGUUUAAUGACCUGCAUAAUAUUAUAUUGGAAAUGGUUGCAUGUUUCUACAAUGUAUUUGAACAUUCUGUUUGUCUUUUUGCAUUGCAGGUUGCAGACCUGGGCUGUAGCAAUUGUUCACUUCUGAGAAGGUUAAAGUUUUGUGAUUGCAUUGAGGAGCUUGUAGGCCUGGACAUUGAUCAAAGAUUGCUGACAGACAAGAAGUAAUUUAUUUAUUCGAUUAUUUUAUGAAACAGUGUUCAGCUCUAAGUGCUAUUUUCUAGAUAAGAAACUCCUACUCUGUAAUGUUAUUAGGAUCUUCUAUCAAAAUGUAGAGUGAUUAGAGUUUAAUUACACUUCAACAUUAGUCCAUUGAUCACAUUUGUUUUUAAAGUAAUGGGAACAUCUUGAUAUAGUAACCAUAUCUAAACUUAGAAUGUGACAGACACUGUAAUAUAAUUCAUUUAAUUAGUUUGUCUAUUUUCCAUAUCACUUACCUCACAUUUUGUCAUUGUUAAAUGGAGCUAUUGGUAACGUAAUACACACUGUCAUGGAUUUUUUGGAAUAUGCUCCACUGGGCAGUUUGUAAAGGAUCUUACAAGAGGAACUCAUUCAUUUCUUAAGUGCAAGCUUUGUCCUUUAUCACCAUUUGUUUACUUCUUUCCCAUAUCAACUGGGAGUUAUUGUAAGUAUGUCUUACCGAACCACUUUUUUGUCAUUUUCUAGUAUUUUAUGUGCCUUUCUCUAGCCUCCUUAAAGGGACACUAAAGUCCCUAGAACCAUUACAGCUUAUUGUAGUGGUUCUCUAGUCUGCAGUAUGCAUGGAGAUGCCAAAUGUUCCCCAUAGAGAUGCAUUGUUUCUAUAUAUCUCUAUAAGGUGAAAUGCAUUUUGCCAUACAUACACAAUAGCCUGCCAGUGCUUGUCUAUGGGAAACAUUGGAUUGACAGAGGUCAUCAAGAUUGGCGAAGGUUGGGUCAGCCAAUCCGGGGAGGGGGGAAAAGGUAAGUUUAAUCACCUUUUCACUACAAUCUGAAGGGAGCCGGUGACCUAAAAAGCUACUCCAGGACUAGAGUAUUAGGAAUACAUGUUUGUAUUCCUAACACUAUAGUGUUCCUUUAAGUGCCUCUACUGACCUCUCCCUUUAAGGGUCUUUCCCUAGCGCCCCAUAGUGUCUGUCAAUGCCCACACCCAGUGUUUUUCUUUGGUUCCAUCUUUCAGUGUUUAUUCCACCCAUCUCACCUUACCUGAGUAAUAUACCUUAAAGGUAGCAUGGCCGUCACAGCGUUGCUAAGUUGUCAGUGGUCAACUUUUUUUAUGUUCGGUCUCAACACUAGAAUACCACGUGACUGGCAGCAAUGUGGGGAAUCAGAGUUUGUGAUAUAAUGUUAUAUACUUUAUCUGUCGGUCUGCUGGGAGCUGAUAAGGAUUCUGUUUUUAAAGCUGAAAAGAAAAGAAGUGUUCAGCACUGACAAGUGGACUGGGCUACAACAUCCUGAGUGCAUCUAGGGCGGGAUCCCAGGCAGCUUCCCAGCUUGCUCACUUCUGGAAACUGGCCUAAUCAUCAGCAUGGCCUUUAAGAACAAUGACAGAGUGAGGAUUGGCUCAGGAUUUAUGCAACUUCCUGCUUGCAGAAAAUCUUAGAGCUGAAGAUCAUGGAGAGUUACAGCAAAUACAGUAACUUCAAAAUUUAGGAUUUGCCAAACAAGUGGCCACAUGUAUAAAAUUGUUAUAUAACGUCACGUGCUGAUCAUAUUGUUUACCACACUGUGUCUUUUAUCAUUUAGGGAAUCAUUGAAACCACUCCUAAUCAGCUACUUGGAGCCCAAAAAAACUCGACUGACUGUUUCUCUUUACCACGGCUCUGUGACUGAGAAAGAUCCUGCAUUGAUUGGUUUUGAUUUAAUAACUUGUAUCGAAUUGUAA